AUGGCUUCCGAAGACGAAGGAGAUACACGUCCAACUAAUUCAAAUACUCUAUCAAUGCUAUCAGAAAGUGAAGACUUAAUGCUAGGUACACCGCUUGAGCCAUCUGUAGACAAUGAUAUCGAUAAAAAAGAAAAUCCACAAACCUCAUUACAAUUGAGUAACUCUUUUUAUUCUGGAAUGGAUUCCUUGAAUAUCUUAUCAUCACAAGAGAACGAUACUUUAAUGAAUGCUGAUCAAAUCAAUGUAAAGAACAAGAAAAGAACGUUUGAUAGCAUUUCAGAAGAAAAACCUGAUGAAUCACAUGUCAUAUCAAAUGAUACAGAAGCACCAGUUUCGAAAAAAAUUGAUACUAAGACAUCUUCGGCCGCAGAUCAAACAGAAACUCAGAAAAUCCAAUUAUCAUCAUUUUCAUUCAAACCAGUUAAACGUAAAACUCGCAAAGUUAUGUAUAAAAUUACGAAUGAAAAAGAAGUUGCAUCUUCUAGUAAUAAGAAAGCUCGUUAUGAUUCUUCUGUACAUGCAUCGCAAUCAACAUCUUCACAAACAUCUUCACAAAAAAAAUCUUCACAAAAAACAUCUUCACAAAAAACAACCAUUGUUGCAUCUGGCCCAUCUAAAACGACUCGAGGAAGGAAAAAAAAAUCGACGCGUGAAACUGCUUCAUCGAAAAAUGCAAGACCAACAUUAAGUCUUGAUGGAAUAUUUUCUAAUUUUCGAUUCUUUUUUAUUCCAAAAAAUAUCGAUAAAGUUCGUUUGAGAUUGUUGAAAGAAAAAGUAGUAGAAAGGGGAGGACAAGUGAUUGAUGGUGAAUUUGAUAUUUCGGCUACACAUGUGAUUACAGCUUUGCAGGGACAAAGAGUUUUAAAAGCUUUAGGAAUUCGCGGAAACAACAUACCUCAGAAACGAAAACAAGAAUCCUUGUCUCCAGAAAAGCGUUCCCCUUUUUCAUCCUUUAGUUUGCAAGAAGUAUCCGCACUGACCUAUGAAUCGUCACCAACUGUUAGCAAAGUGACUUCAGAUGACGAUCCUUUGAUAGAGAUGAUUGCGGAGACCAAACAUCUUGUAGAUGAGGGUUUUCUAUUGGAUGAUUAUGAUGAUGAAUCUCAAAGCGUGCAAGGUGAAACGUCUGAUUCGGAAAAUGAGAUGAUUGAAUCAUCAACGCAGAAUGAAGAAGUCCUAUCACAAUCACAAGAAGUUACUUCUGAAUUAUCUACUAAAGAAGCGAAUUCUUUCAAAGGGCAGUUUACUUGCAUGCAUAAACAUACAUAUGGAGAAGAUGAUGCUAGCCCAAAUAAAUUGAUUAUUGAUAAACUUAAAGUGUUAUUGGAUCAUUAUCUACGUAUGAAAGAUGAAUGGAGGAUUCUAAGUUAUCGUAAGGCUAUUGCUGCAAUUAAAAGGCAAAAAGAGCCAAUUACUUCUUAUCAAGAAGCUAUAGAAAUUCGUGGUAUAGGACAUCGCACUGCUGAAAAGAUCGCGGAAAUUGUUAAUACAGGAAAUUUAAAAAGAUUGCAGCAUUUUUCAAAAGACGAUGAAGUGAUUAAGAAAUUCAGCGAUAUUCAUGGUGUAGGACCAUCCAUUGCCAUGAAAUGGUAUGCAAAAGGUUAUCGGACUUUUGAUGACAUUAUUCAAAACGUCAAACUAACACGUGCCCAACGCAUUGGAAUUGAAUGUUAUGACGAUCUUCAAGAAAGAAUUCCACGUGAUGAAAUAACUGAAAUCUCAAAACGCGUAGAAGUAGCUGCUUGUAAAAUUGACCCCAAAUUAUUAUGUAUUACCGUUGGAUCUUACAUAAGAGGUCAACCAACUUGCGGUGAUAUUGACAUUUUGAUAACUAGAAAUGAUUCUGAUGGAAAAUCAAGUUUGGAUUCCUUUUUAAAGUUGCUCGAUGCUCUACGCGAACAAGGAUUAUUAACGCAUGACCUCACUCAACAUAAUGAAGAAAAAGCCUCGUCAAGAUAUCUUGGAAUUUGUAAGUUACCCGAUGGAAAAUAUCGUCGAAUAGAUCUUUUUAUUGUUCCAUUUAAUGAAUUAGGUGCUGCAUUAUUAUCUUUUACAGGAAAUGAUAUUUUUAAUAGAAGUAUGAGAUUACUUGCGAGAAAACAGAAAAUGAAACUGAAUAAUCAUGGUUUAUAUAAAAAUAUCUCUCGAGGUCGCGGUGGUGUAAGUUUGACUGAAGGGACUCUGGUUGCACAAAGAACCGAAAGGGAAAUAUUCGAUGCUUUGGGGGUUCCAUGGCGUCCACCAAACGAAAGAAAUUGUUAA